CACGCUUCACCGUCUCAUCUCUCAUUCUUCCCAGCUACACCCAUUUCACUACUUUCUAUUCCCUACAAAUUGUUUGCUGUUCCUCCGACGUCCUCCGCUAUGUCAGAGAAACAAGCCCAUUUGAACGGGGCCUACUACGGCCCCUCAAUCCCUCCCAAAUCCCAGUCCUACCACCGCCCUGGCCGCGGCGGCAGCGGAUGCCUCAGCUGCUGCUGCAGCUGCAUCUUCGGCCUUGUUUUCAAGCUCAUCAUGACCGCCGUCGUCAUCCUGGGCUUGGCGUUUUUCAUCUUUUGGCUCAUCGUCCGCCCUAACCGUGUCAAGUUCCACGUCACGGACGCCACUCUCACGCAGUUCAACUUCUCCAACGACAACACCCUCAACUACGACCUCGCCCUCAACCUCACCAUCCGAAACCCUAACAAGAAGAUCGGUAUUUACUACGAUCGCCUCGAGACCCGGGCCUUUUACGAGGAUCAAAGGUUCAGCACGGUUACCUUGACGCCCUUUUACCAAGGGCAUAAGAAAACGAACGUGUUGAACCCCGUGUUCCAAGGCCAGCAAGUGUUUGUAGACUCGAAGGCGCUUUCAGAGUACAAUCAGCAGAAGAGUACUGGGAUUUACGAGAUCGAUUUGAAGAUUUAUCUUCGGAUUCGGUUCAAACUCGGAUUGAUCAAGACUGGCAAGUUCAAGCCCAAGAUUAAAUGCGACUUGAAGGUUCCCUUGACUCAGAACGGAAAUUCAGUCGGCACUUUCCAGACUACAAAGUGUAAAGUUGAUUACUUCUAAUCAAUCUUCACAGCCUACGAUUGAUCGAUCGAUCUGUCGAUCGAUCGAGUUCAUAUAUCUUGUUGUUCAUUCAGUUUUCGGUUUUUUUUUUUUUUUUUUUAAAUUUUUGCUACUAUUCUUUUGUUUUUUUGUUUUUGGCAUUAUUAUUACGUUACUAGGUAGCUCUCAUAUAUACAGAGAUGAUUAUAUGAUUACUUUUGAUACCUACUUUGGUUACGCAUGUUCAUAAAUAAAGAUGGAUUAUUUUUAGCGGUUA